UGCACCGACGGAGGAUUUCGGAUACAGUUCGCGGAGUUCUGUCCGUCGCAUGCCAGUUGCAAAGCGGAAGGCUGUGAGAUAAAUAUUACGCCAGUGAUGCGAUUAUCUUAGGGACAAGAAAUCGUAAUUCUUGAAGGCUCGAGUGUUUUCAUUUCGAUCAAACAGUGCUCCGGUAAAGUACGAAAACAAUCGUGGCGCAGGAGGAAUCGCCCGUGGCAGCAGGAAGGAGGCAUAUUUACACACGAAAAGGAACAAAAACGGGUUCAAAAUGUUGUUGAAUAUUCACGACAUGUCACAGCUGGCCGAUAGUCGCAGAUUGGGCACAGUGCUGCUCUUCCUAUUAAUAGAACUGUUCUUCGAAGGUGCUGAAACUGCCUCACAAGCCGAAAUCGAUCGGCAUCUGGAAAUUGGAAGGGAUUUCCUUGCGCGAGGUCAGCUCUCGGAUGCAUUAACUCACUACCAUGCAGCAGUUGAAGGCGACCCGGACAAUUACCUGACGUACUUCAAACGUGGUACGGUAUAUUUCGCCCUCGGAAAAGCCAAAUUCGCCAUCAAUGAUUUUUCGCGCGUGCUCGAGCUGAAGCCAGAUUUUAUGGCCGCCCGGGCGCAGCGUGGUUCCGUGUACCUGAAGAUGGGCGAUUUUGAGAACGCUGAAAUGGACAUGAUGGUCGUGCUGCGCAACGAUCCGCACAACCCGGAGGUAAACGUCCAUUUCAGCCGGAUCGGCCCGGCCCGCGAUCAGUGGGUGUUGUGCGUAGACCUGAUGGAACGGGGUGACUUUAAUACGGCCGUCGCGCUCCUAACCCAACUGCUGGAGGUGUGCCCCUGGGCAGUGGAAAUCCGGGAGGCUCGUGCCCAGAUGUACCUCCGGCUCGGGGAUCGUAUGGCCGCGGUCAGUGAUUUCCGCUCGGUGAACCGAUUAUCUCACGAUAGUACCGACGGGUACUACCAGCUGUCGCGCAUUCUUUACGACAUCGGUGAUUCCGGUGCAGCUCUGAAGGAGAUUCGCGAGUGUCUGAAGCUAGAUCCGGAACACAAAGACUGUUUCCCGUUCUACAAAAAGAUCAAGAAAGUGGACAAGGUGUACGUCGAUGCACAGACGGCACGAGAGGAGCAGCGGUAUGCGGAUUGUAUUGCUUCCGGCGAAAAACUGAUCAAAUUGGAACCGGAUGUCCCUAUGAUUGUGUACAACGGCAAGCAGCUGCUAUGCAGUUGCCUGCUGAAAGACGAACAAUUCACGUCAUCUGUGAGCCGAUGCCGGGAAGCACUCGAUAUUUACGCCGACCCGGAGGUGAUGUGUGAUCGGGCGGAGGCUCUUGUCGGUGCCGAGAUGUACGAUGAAGCCAUCGCACAAUACCGCGAGGCACUUGACAUCAACGACAACCUUCAGCGGGCAAAGGAUGGCAUCGAGCAUGCCCAGAGGGUACAGAAACAAGCGGAACGAAGGGACUACUACAAAAUCCUGGGCGUGAAACGGUCCGCCACGAAGCAGGAGAUAGUGAAGGCGUACCGAAAGGCGGCACAAAAGUGGCACCCCGAUAACUUCCAGGGCGACGAGAAGAAGAUGGCCGAGAAGAAGUUCAUCGAUGUGGCCGCGGCUAAAGAAGUGCUGACCGAUCCGGAGAAGCGAAGGCAGUUCGAUGCCGGGCAGGAUCCGCUCGAUCCGGAGGCGGGCCGCAACGGAUUCGGUGGAGGCAAUCCAUUCCAUCACUUCCAGCACGGGUCCCCGUUCCAGUUCAAAUUCCACUUCACGUAGGAGGGAAUGUGUACGUGAAAAACAUCCCCUAGCCUUCGUUCCUUUCUAAAUUUAUGAAGCGGCGUUGCUUUGCAGAUUGCGGCACCUGCCAAAGGUAAAACAAAACACGCGCAAUAAGAGAUGCUGCCUGCUCAGGAUAGUGUGUUUUUCUUCGCUGUGUGACAGGAAAUUACAAACCAGAAGCAAACUUUAAGAAUCGAAGAGAAGAAAUGUCGAUGAAACUCUGGAGGAUGGUGAUCGUUUAAUAGUGUGCCAGCUUUAAUUUAUUCCUGAUCGGAGGAUGUACUCUGCAUCCGUUUAUGUUUUGAUGUUCAACAAGCAGAAUUUUCCGCGAUCAUGAAAUGAACCGUAGCAAUGAUCUUUUACCAAUACAGGGUCUACUGAAAAGUUGAAACGAGCAUUCGGUUCGUGUGUUACAAAAUUAAAGACGUUAGAGAUUGCAGGGAUCAUACCUUUUAGUUCGCACGACAUUUCGGGAAUCGAUAUCAUGAGGGGCGAGUCCUUAUAACGGUUUGAAGAAGUAUUUUAAAUCAGUUGAUUUCCCCAAAGGAAUGUAAAUGCGUCGGUCCACCCGCAAAUCUGUUCCGUCGAGUGACUGAAAAUGUUUGAUGAUGAUAAAACGACUGCGGAAUAAAUAGCUUGUUAACAUACAUUUGUAAAUAAUAAUAUUGCUUCUAUCACCAAUUAAACCUAAAAAAUAAUACAAUAAAACAUUAGUGA